UGACAGCUACAGUUUCAUUGAUACUUUUGGAUUUAAACGACAGAAAGGAAGCAAAGGAAUAAUAAAGGAAGGACUGGAAGGUCGAAAUGAAGGAAACAAGGAUGGUGUGAAAGGAACAAUGGAAGUAAGAAAACAUCGAAGGAUAAAUAUAAGGUAGUGGAUGGUAAAGUGAUGCUAUGAAGGGAUGACCGGAAGGAAAUAGUGAAAGAGAAGGGAAGGAUUAAGAAGAAAGCAAACAUUUCACACGCUGUCUUUCGUUGACUGAACAGAAAAACACAACUUCCCAGCUGGCUUUGCGAUAGAAAAACAAACAUGGCCUCCUAGGGUUUCACUACGUGAUAUCAAUACUGAACCUUUGCGGGCGACGAAAUAAACCGGAGACAACCUCCACGACACUGCGGAAACGUUUUCACUGUGGUGCCAGGUCGCCGUAACGACACUAGCCGACAAAAUGUCUUCACCGAAGGCCAAAACCCCAGGCCGCGCCGGCAGCGGUUGCGGGGGGAGCCCGGUGCUUGGCGGCACCAACAACGGCCGCUAUGAGUUCAUGUCGCUUACCAAGCCGCUGAGCCGGUCCUCGACGCCACCUCAUCUCCUCCAGCGGCAGAGCUCCGACACGGCCACCGCGCGCCUCCGCGCCUCGGAGAGCCCCACUCGUCGCCGCGGCUCCAGCUCGUCCACCGGUUCGGGGCCACCGGAGGAAGACGGCAUUCGGCUCAACCCGUCGCUCUUUCGGGUGGCCCUCAGCUCGCUGCUCGCCAUCGACCUGUGGCUGUCCAAGAGUAUUGGGGUGUGCGCCCGGGAGGACUCGUCGUGGGGGAGUGCGCGGCCCCUCAUGAAGCUCAUCGAGGUGACGGGCCACGGCAUCCCCUGGCUGGCUGGAACCGCCUACUGCCUCUACAAGAGUGACACUGCUGCCGGCCAGGAGGUCAUGCUCAACCUCUUCAUGGGUCUUCUGCUGGAUCUGGUCCUCGUUGCCGCGGUGAAAGCGACAGUGCGUCGGCGACGUCCGGCACACAACCGCAUGGACAUGUUCGCCAGCUUCUCGGUGGACCGCUACUCCUUCCCGUCGGGUCACGCCACCCGUGCCGCCAUGUGCGCCCGCUUCCUGCUGGCGCACUUGGUGCUGGCUGCUCCGUUGCGGGUCCUGGUGUUGCUGUGGGCGGCCACGGUGGGGCUGAGCCGCGUCAUGUUGGGCCGCCACAACGUCACAGACGUGGCUUUUGGCUUCUGGAUGGGCUACUGCCAGUAUAACCUGCUGGAGGCACUCUGGCUCUCGCCUCAGAUGCUGCACGUGCUGCUGGGACACACUGCGUAACAGAGACUCGCCAUUGUUGUUAUUGUGGAAACGCUGAAGAGCAGCCACACACUUUUUCGACACUCGUUCCACAUUUCUCAAAUGAUUCAAAGCAUUCCAAUUUCAAAAUAUUCACAAAAUUCAGGAGAUCCUGAAUAGGUUUUAUUUUCCAGAGUCACAUUCCAAAUUUGCACCGUUUUAUGAAUCGCAAAGUGCAAACUAUUAGAUUUCAGCCUCAGCUCUUCAGCAUUCACACACAGUUUCUACAGGAAUCACAUUCUCUUGUUUUUAUUGUAGCUGCUCUACUGUGGAUCAUGUGAAAUAUUUAUUUUCCCACACGAGGGUGUUGUUGCUUACUUUUAGUCUGGUCCAUUUUUUUUUUUAAAUUGUGCCUCUGUGGUUGCUUAAUGCUAUGCUCAAUGCUAUUCUUGUUUUGCUGUGCAGCACAUACUGUAAAUACACAGAAUACAUUCAGACUGUUAAAUCAUGAGAUGCGAGGAGCAUGAACAUUUUUUGGGUGUGUUUUUGCUUUUACCUUUGGCUCUGUCUGUGGGUCAUUUUCUAGUGGGUGUGGUUUCAUGCUUCAACGUGGAUGAGUACAAUCCCUGAAAGCAUGAACUGUGACCACUAGAUAAAUAAUGGAGUAUGUCUUUUUUUUAACAUUUGAUUUCUGCUCCAUCUGCCUUUUUGUAUUUGGUGACAUCCAUAAUUUAGAAACAACAGGGUUCUUGUUUUGACAUGCAGCUCAUCCGUUUUGCUGUUAUGAAAUAAUAAUAAUCUUGAAUUCGAAACAAUUUACUGCCAUGAGGAGUAUGACGUCAUUUUCCGUUUGGCCUUUUUUUCUAUUAGGUGUUCUUAUGGCAAAAAGGAGUAUUAAAUUUCAUGAAGUAGUAA